ACCUCCGCCGCUGACGCCUCACCCCGCUGAACGCCACACGCACUGUGCUGCUCUGCUCCGACAUGGCACGCGCUGCUUCUCUGCUGGUGCUGGCGGCGGCCCUAUGGCUGUGCGUGUGCUCCCAGCAGACGAACGCCUUCUGGCUGCCCAGCUGGGCCAGUUGGUACAAGAAGCCGGACGUGGCGACGGCGUACUCGGCGGGCACGUAUCCUGCGCCGGCGGAGGCGCCUUCGCAGUUCACCGGGCACUCCCUGUACGGCGGCGGGCCGGCUCAGGCGCUGCCGGUGGCGGUGCCGUACCCCGUGCCCGUCGGGCCGCACCUGCAGGUGGGCCAGCCGCACCCAGACCCUGCAGCUGCAGCUGCCGCUAGCGCCUACACCCUGCAGCCGCCCCGCUGCUUUCUCCGAGGGGAGAUGCCGCCCAACGCCGGACAGCUGUCGCUGAGUAGCUACAGUGUGGGCGUGUCCAGCGGCGGCAACGGCGUGGGCGUGGCGAGCGACGCCGGGGGCGCCGGCGUGGGCGGCGUGGGCGUCAGCGUGGGCGGCCUGCAGCUGGUGCCGUGCUGGUGCUCCGUGGCCAGGGUCGAGAGCGAGGAGUCCUCCGGGGGCGCCGGUUCGGUCCCCGGCGCCGGCAGCGCGGGCGGCUCCUUCAUGGUGCAGGCAGCGCAGCCCGUGGGCAACUAGCGGCUGCCGUCCGCUGGGAGGCGUCCCGACAACGCCACGGCCGGCUCCACAGCACUGCGGCGGGCACUGCUAACACACUCACAGGGGGCGCCUGUGGAGCGCCGCACUCUGCCGUUGGCGGGACACCUCACACACUGGCUGGCCUCGCAGUGACGUCAUUCUCCUAACCCACCUCAUACCUUCACCUCACUUCCAGCGCCAACGAUUACACCUUCGGUUUAGUUUCGAGAUAACUGCUUCAAGUAGCAGUAUCUCACUGGGAUUAAGGAAUCCUACUCUCCCACCAAACGUUUUGUUGUAAAUAUUGUUUGCCUCUUUAUAUACUAAAAAGUGGAAUAUAAUGUUUCUUGCAAUACAUUAGAGUAAGUUGCAGUACUACUCAUUUUCUGCUUCUUCUUUCACUUGGUGUCAGAUCACUUACAGUGAUCAUACUUUUGGGCUUGAGUCUCUCAUAAUACUAUUUGACAAACAAUCGAUGCAGCAUACUUCAUGAAAGUAGCAGUCACUUACUGAUGUUCUUGCUGUCAUACCUUUCCUAGCAGCCUUUGCAGCAUUGUGUUUCUGUAAGACAAGGUCCUUGUGUACCCAUGUGCAGCAAGAGAAGAUUUGACAGCUACCCUCAGUUCGAUAGUACUAAAAGCUGCCAGACUUCAAUACUCCAGGGGCAGUUUUGGAUGUGGGAGCGUAGUGGGACGAAAAAAGAUGACGUUCCCAUCGCAGCCGAGCUUUUCUGAACAACAAAUUUUCCAGCUGCUGGUGCUUCCUGAGACAUUGACUGCUAUCACAAUACAACUUCCAUUAUUUACGAUAACAGUCGUAAACCUUUUUAACCCCCAUAUUACAGAUUUCAGCUCCUUGCUUUUACAGAACAUGUUGCUCAAACAACUGCUAUCAGUUAACACUAUGACG